UGCCGGAGACCAGUUGCACUUCUGGUUGUUGUUCAAACCCGAUAACAUAGCAAAGUUUAAGUUCGAGUGAAAGUAAUCUAGUGAAACUAGUAAUACUUAACAAAUCAUCAAAGUUCUAAAGAACAGUAGUGGGAAUAUAUUAUUCUAUUCAAGUUUAAAGUAGCUGUCGCGAGAAAAUCAAUCUACAAAUCUAGUGAUGGUUGUCGCUGUGAAAGUUUUUAAGAAAUCCGCACCAAAUGGCAAGCUAACCGUCUAUCUGGGAAAGCGUGACUUCAUCGACCAUGUAGACUACUGCGAACCCGUCGAUGGCGUGGUCGUCAUCGACCAGGAAUAUCUGCGCGGACGCAAGGUCUUCGGCCAGCUCGUCACUGUGUACCGUUAUGGUCGCGAAGAGGAUGAGGUCAUGGGGGUCAAGUUUUCCAAGGAGAUGGUCCUGUGCAAGGAGCAGGUCUAUCCCAUGGUGAACUCCAAGAUGGAGAUGACCCCCAUGCAGGAGCGCCUGGUCAAGAAGCUGGGCGAGAAUGCAUACCCAUUCACAUUCCACUUCCCGAACAUGGCCCCAAGCUCGGUUACGCUGCAGGCCGGUGAGGAUGAUCAGGGUAAGCCACUUGGUGUGGAAUACUCGAUCAAGAUCUACGUUGGUGAAGACGAUGAAGAGAAGGGCCACAAGCGUAGCAGCGUUGGACUGAUGAUCAAGAAGCUGCAGCACGCCCCAAACACUCGUGGCCGCCGUCUACCUUCGUCGUUGGUCAGCAAGGGCUUCACCUUCUCGCAGGGAAAGAUCAACUUGGAGGUCACCCUCGAUCGGGAGAUCUACUACCAUGGCGAGAAGAUCUCCGCCAACAUUGUUAUUACGAACAACUCACGCAAGACCGUCAAGAGCAUCAAGUGCUUCGUGGUGCAACACUGCGAGGUGACGAUGGUCAACGCCCAGUUCAGCAAGCACAUCGCAUCGCUGGAAACUCGCGAAGGCUGCCCGAUCACCCCGGGAGCAAGCUUCACCAAGUCCUUCUUCCUGGUGCCGUUGGCUUCCAGCAACAAGGAUCGCCGCGGAAUUGCCCUCGAUGGGCAUCUGCGGGAUGAAGACGUCAACCUGGCCUCUUCCACCAUGAUCAGCGAAGGCAAGAGCCAUUCCGAUGCCAUGGGUAUCAUCAUUUCGUACUCGCUUCGAGUGAAACUGAACUGCGGUACCCUUGGCGGAGAGCUGCAGACUGACGUUCCCUUCAAACUGCUGACCCCUGCUCCCGGAACCGUCGAGCGCGAGCGCGUCAACGCUCUCAAGAAGAUGAAGUCGAUCGAGCGUCACCGCUACGAGAACUCCCACUAUGCCGAUGAUGAUGACAACAUUGUCUUCGAGGACUUCGCUCGGCUGCGAAUGAACGAACCAGAGUAAGCUAUACCUGAAGUCUUCCUGAGGCUCAGGCUAGCACCUUUCUUCCUAUAAAUUUGAUUAUCGAUCCUAAGUUGUCCACUAAUUCUCUCAACCCCACCAAAAUGGAUGCAACUGAAAAAAGACUAGUCGCCAAUGACAACCUACCUAUGCUAAUCGAGAAACUAUGUGAUAUUUCAAAUAGUUGAUUUGCCUCUCUGCUUGGAAAGUCAUUUUAGUUUUCAAAAUAUUUAGUUUUAAAAGCAUAAAAAUAACAAAAAAAUCUAACCAAAAAAAUAAUCCAUAAGUAACACGAAACGAUUCGAUUUAUCGAUUAAUUUAUGACACCAAGUCGUGACAACUGCGCAGUUGAUCCAUCCACCAUCUUCACAGAAAAGACAAGGAAAAUUUCAAACGGCACUAUUCAAAUUAAUCGAUCAAUCGAACAAAACUACAAGCAAGCCAAAUAACGAGUAACCAGAAGUGAACGAAUCGAAACAAGCUCAUUGAACGUGUCCCUCUGGUGGAUUUUGACGGUCUUUGAAUUCCCUCUCUGACUCUCUGAGGAAACUCUCUGCGCUGACCGAAUCCCAGAGGGGGACUCGUUCGUUAAUUUUAAGGAAGAUGGCGUUUAUGCAAAACAGUAAAGUGACAAACGACUGCAAGCUUUAAAGGAAAAGGAUUUAUUAUCAUUUUAUUAUAUUGCAAUCCGCACUGGAAACUUGAGUUCCCAAUCGGCUGGUCCAGAAUCAGACUGAAAUAAGCAGAUCAACUGGGCCCCGUCGAAUCUGGUGUGCGUGUUUCGUGUGGUUCCAUUUGAUUCCGGGAAUUUCUGAUGCCUGGACCAGCUGCAAUUUUACGGGUGUCAAGUUUCCGACCUUUCAGUUAAUUGAUUUUGAGCCCUAAAAGGAAAGGAUCUCCCUUCGGUGGAGUUUGUCUCCCUGGCGAUUCCCACUGGAAGGGAGGUACAUUCCGGGGGCAAGUGAACAGAGCAAUAGCAGCGCAAUCCUCCUCCGGCUACGCGGAUCGAUGACUGCGAUCAGUUUGGGACUGUGUGCGCGUCUCAGGCUUCGCGAUGAUUCCGGGACAGCGGCAGGGGGAUUUCAAGUAGAUUUAUCAAGCAAAAAAUAAAUAGAGCAACAGGUACCUACAAUCGUCAAUUCCCAAAUGGUUUUAGUUUUUAGGUUUUGAUUUAGUUGUUUCGUUUAAUGUAUAAUAGUUUGAAAUGCAAAUAAAAAACAUGUUAUCAGAAGAAUUAUACUACAUCGUAUUUAAAGAAGAAACACUGUUUGUUUAUCAUUUUAUCAAAAAUAUUUGUAAAAAUGAUUGGCAAUAAUGAAUUGAUUUUAUUACAGCUUUA